UCGUUUCAUUAUGGUUCGGUUUCCGCUCUCAGCGGUCUCCGAGAUUGUUCCCCAAAAUUCAAACUUUCCAUUGCUGCAACGAUAUUGGUCCCUGUUAGACUCUUGCUGUUCUAACAAGCAGCUCUUCCAGAUUCAUGCUCAGAUCAUAGCGUCUGGACUUCAUCGCAAUUCUCGAACUACCUACAAAAUAAUCCAAAUUUGCACUUCUAAUCCACUCGGGGUAAAAACUACGAUUGAAUGGGCAAAUCACGGCUGCUGUGUUGUUCAUGUCUACGAAAAAUUGGAUCACGAAUGCUGGAACAAUGUGAUUAGGGCUUAUUCCACCUCCGAUUGCAAUUCGCAGGGGGAAGCGAUGCAUGUCUUCCUUGACAUGCGGCGCCUGGGAAUCGAACCCAAUGAGUAUACUUUCCCUUACGUAGUGAAGGCGUGCGCUUCAUUUUCUGGAUUGAUCGAGGGGCGACAGGUUCACGGGGAUGUAAUUAAGCAUGGCUUGCAGUUCAAUGUUUAUGUUCAGAAUACUCUUAUUCAUGUUUACGGAUCCUGCAAAAGGAUAAGAGAUGCCUACAAAGUGUUCGACGAAAUGCCUCGUAGAACUCUCGUUUCCUGGAACAAAAUGAUCUCGGCCGCUGUCACGUGUUCGUGGUUAAACGAUUCGAUUGAGCUUUUUGUGGAGCUGAGGAGGAGUGGAUUCGAGCCCGAUCAGACUACAAUGGUUGUCGUGCUGUCAGCCUGCGCCGAGCUCGGCAACUUGAGCCUCGGCGAAUGGGUUCAUUCCCAAGUGAUAGCUAAAGGCAUGGCUGUGAGUUGUCAGCUGGGAACUGUUCUAGUCGACAUGUAUGGAAAAUGUGGAGGCGUUAACUACGCGCGCUUAGUUUUUGAUCGCAUGGCUCACCGGAAUAUGUGGACAUGGAGCGCUAUGAUUCUUGGAUUCGCGCAGCAUGGAUUCCCCGGGCGCGCCUUUGAUUUAUUCAAAGAGAUUAAGAGGUAUUCGAUCAAGCCUAAUCAGGUGACUUAUCUCGGCAUUCUCUGCGCUUGUAGCCAUUCUGGAUUGGUGGAGGAAGGUCGAAAGUAUUUCCAUGAGAUGGAACAAGUGCAUGGAAUCAAGCCUGGGAUGCCACAUUUUGGUGCUAUGGUUGAUAUCUUGGGUCGCGCCGGCCGUCUAAAGGAAGCUUACGAUUACAUAAUGAGCAUGCCUGUUGUAGCAGAUGCCGUGGUGUGGAGGGCGCUGCUCAGCGCCUGCAAUAUUCACGAUGUCAAUGACUACAGCCUUGUGAUGCUUGCAAACAGUUAUGCUGAAGUCGGACUACGGAACAAAGCCGAGCAUUUGAGGAGAAGAAUGAGAGACAAAGGGAUGAAGAAGACAGCUGGAGAGAGCUGUCUCGAGCUCGGGGGUUUGGUCUUCAGAUUCUUCUCCGGAGACUCUUCUGCGGACAUUUUCUUGCUGCUUGAGACUUUAAGCUUGCACGCAAAGAUGAUCAAAUUGGAGUGAAAGAAACUGAUAAUCUCAAUUUUGGGACAGAAGUGUAAGUGCCGAAGACGAGAAUAACAAUUCCCAUCGACACGGCGAAAACAAUGACUGCGGAUUCGACGCCAAUCCUCUUGUAAGCUCCCGAAAU